GGCGGCGGCGCUGAGGUGGGGCGCCGCGCUCCGGCGAUGUGAGGAGCAGAGCCUCUGCCAGCGCGGCUGUCUCCCAGCCCCCCCCCUUCCCCGCCCCGCCAGCCCGGGAGCGGCCCCUCCGGAGGGGCAGCACGUCUCAAGAUGGCAGAAUUGUUUAUGGAAUGUGAAGAAGAGGAGCUAGAACCAUGGCAGAAGAGAGUGAAAGAAGUGGAGGAGGAUGAUGAUGAUGAUGAGCCAAUCUUUGUUGGAGAAAUCUCAAGCUCAAAGCCGCCUAGUACAUGUAGUGCAGGGAAUGAGGUUAGGUGGUUGUGAUGACAGCAGAUGUAUCAGAAUUCCAUGUUUUUCCUGUGCUUGGGCUUUGGCAGAUAUAUUGAACAGAGUCAACUUCAGCUCAUCACGAAGGGGGAUACAGAAUGGUGCACCCAGUAGAGGUACUGUUACUACAUUCAAGCCUGACAGUCACCAUUAUCCGACAUCUGCCUCCAGCCCAAGUGCCAUGCCUGUUUCAUCAGUUUUUCAGUCUGUAUCCAGACCUACAACUAGCUCUGUAGCAGUUCAGCCAUUGUCUAGACCAGUGAAUGUUUCAGGAACUUCACAGACACUGCAGAGACCAGUUGCUGGAUGUUUAUCAACACAGCAGAUGCCCCGGCCAAGUUCUGGAAUAUCACAGCCUGUUAGCAGACCUGUAACCAUUCCAGUGACGACACAGCCAGUAUCAAGAAAUAUCACAGUUCCUGUAGUGGCUCAACCUGUAUCCAGGCCAGUGACUACUGUAACAACACAGCCUGUAAUACUCAAUCAGGAUUAUAUUAUGGAUUCUCCACCAGCUGCACCAGAUAAUACAUCUGGUAUACUGUUUGGUGUGAGAGAGAGCUCGGGAGUUCCACAGUACCAGACUGGGCCAUCAGUGAAUGUAACAGGUCUGAAUGAGAGUGUUUUUGUAUCUAAGCGUCCUGCUACUUCUGAAGGCAACAGUGUAACUCCAAAAAAGGCCAAGCCUAAUGAGGUUGGUGCUGGAAGCAAUUCAGAUGUUUCACCUACAGUUAACUCUCCAACAGUAACACCAUCACAAAAUGUAUCUUCAAAAGGUACUAAUGCUACAUCAAGCAAUAUUAAAAAUGGAGGACCUUUUCCACGAGCUUGUCCAAAGUGCAAUAUUCAUUUCAAUCUUAUGGAUCCUUUAAAAAAUCAUAUGAAGUAUUGUUGUCCAGAUAUGAUAAAUAAUUUCUUCCUGGGAGUGGCCAAAACAGAAUGUUCAAGUACAACAAGCAAAAUCAAUGAAUUUGAGAAAGGAAAAUUGAUUAUGUUAGUUAACGACUUCUAUUAUGGGAAACAUGAAGGUGAUACCCAGCAGGUACAACAGGAGCAGAAGACUCAUACAACAUUUAAGUGCUUCAGCUGUCUGAAAGUUCUUAAAAAUAACAUAAGGUUUAUGAACCACAUGAAGCAUCACUUAGAGCUUGAGAAGCAGAGCAGUGAAAGCUGGGAAAGUCAUACCACCUGCCAGCACUGUUACCGUCAGUUUCCCACCCCAUUUCAGCUGCAGUGCCACAUUGAAAGUACACACACGCCUUAUGAGUCGUCUACUAUUUGUAAAAUCUGUGAAUUAUCCUUUGAAACAGAGCAAGUUCUUUUGCAACAUAUGAAGGACAAUCAUAAGCCAGGUGAAAUGCCGUAUGUUUGCCAGGUAUGCAACUACAGAUCCUCAGCUUUUUCUGAUGUAGAAACACAUUUCAGGACAGUUCAUGAAAAUACAAAACAUUUGCUGUGCCCAUUUUGCCUCAAAGUAAUAAAAAUUGGAGCACCGUAUAUGCAUCAUUACAUGAGGCAUCAGAAAAAAGGAAUAUACCGUUGCACUAAGUGCAGACUGCAAUUUUUGACUUGCAAAGAAAAAAUGGAUCACAAGACUCAGCAUCACCGAACAUUUAGAAAACCUAAACAGUUAGAAGGAUUGCCUCCUGGAACAAAGGUUACUAUUCGAGCAUCUGUUGGAUCUCUUCAAUCAGGAUCUUCUGUUAGUACGAGUACAUCCACAUUUCAGCUAUCACCUAAGGCUAAAAAUACAACCACUAGAAAUCAUAACAGAUCUAAUACAAAUAAGUCAAAAGCAAAAUCAAAACCAUCAGCUACAUCGAAGAAGCAAAAUGCAUGGACCAACAGCAAAAAAAAAAAAGUUACAAAUACAGCACUGCAUAAUCUAAGGUAUCGUUUGGGAGCUCACAAAUGCAUUGAAUGUUACUCAGAAAUAAAGGAUUUUGCAAACCACUUUCCUACAUAUGUCCAUUGUAGUUUAUGCAGAUACAAUACUAGCUGUAGCAAAGCCUAUGUGAAUCACAUGAUGAGUUUUCACAGUGCUCGUCCAAGUAAAAGAUUUUGGAUCUACAAGAAGCAUUCAGAAGAGCUACGAGGUGUGACUGUAGUAUGUCUUAACUGCGAUUUUCUGACUGAUGGUUCUGGCUUAGAUAGCAUGGCCACACAUCUGAGUGAAAGCCACACUCAUACUUGUCAAGUUAUUAUAGAGAAUGUUUCUGUAGAUUUGCCAACUGCUGAACAAGUAUCUGACAAACAAGAGCAUGAGUCUUCAGAGGAAACAAAAGAAUGCAAUAGAAAUCAAACUAAAAAAGUUGCAUCGGUUGAAAAGAAUGAAGAAAACUCAUCAUUCUCAGAUACAAAAAAUGUUCCCAAUUUGGAACUCGAUGACAAUAGCUCCAAGAAUUCUUUGCAUGAGAAAGGAGCAUGUUGUGAUUCAGAUAGUAGCAAACAAUUAGUAGACAAAGAACAAAAAUGUAUUCAUGGUGAAAGUGAGUUGAAAACUUGCCAAAGUUCAGAUGAUGGUGUCUUGACUGACCAGACUAAAGUACAAAACUUGGAUGAAACUACACUUUCAGCAAUGAACGCAAAGGACUUAAAACUAACGUUGGGUGAAGAUGUUAGUUUUGAGCAGUUCUUGAGAAAAAGAAAUGAACCUGAAUCCGUUAGUUCAGACAUUAGUGAACAAGGCAGUAUUCAUUUGGAGCCUUUGACUCCAUCAGAGGUGCUAGAGCAUGAAGCGACUGAAAUUCUUCAGAAAGGUAACGUUGCACCUUCAUCAAAGAAAGCUGAACGACCCUCUGAACGAACAGACGAGACUUCUAAAGAAAGCAGUCCCAACAGAAUGGAAACAACUGUGAACAAGACAGAUGAAAAUGAAACAAGCUGAAAUUGUGUUCAUUUUAUUGUUUAUUAUAGAUAAUGGUAGGAACACCAUGGACCAUUCCUGACAAGUGUGCUCAUGGUUGCUCGUAGGGUUUUUUUGAGAGAGAGAAAGAGGCACGGCAGGGAAACUUUGCAUAUGAAGGUAGCAUGUACAUGUAUGUACAACUAAAUUAACUAAGUUUAUGAAAGGUAACACAUUUCAAUUUGUCUGCCUGUCUCUUCUGUGUGGUAUAUCUUAAACCAACAUUUGAAAGGAGGAAUAAAUUCUAUUUUUUUAAUCUCACAUAAAGUGAUUUGCUAGUCAAGAAAAGAUUUUUAAAAAUCCUUAAGUGAAAUGGUGGAAUUUAGUAUGAAUUCAGUUCUGCUGCUGAAGUGGAGCACACUUGUAGCAAUGGUUGUUGGUCUACUGAUAAAUUGGGUAAACAUAAACCUUUGGAUUUGGUGUCACAUUCCUGUCUGUAAAAGCAUGUAAACAGAAUUGUAUGAAUCUAUGCACCUCUGUACAGGUGUAAUCCUGCCAGACUGUAAGCUUACCUUAAUAAACUUUCAGUGAAAGUGGAAAUACUAUGACAAAAUAUAUAUAUUUGUGGGGUUUUCAAUGUGCAGGCUGUGCAGAAAUAACCGAGCAUAAUUGUAUAAAGUAGGACAUACUGCUGAAAGUAUUGUAGCUGUUAGGCUUUUACCAUUGUUUUAAAUAUUCUUAGUAGUAGACCCAUAGGAAUGGUCUGUAAGUCAAACCAAAGUAUGGUUUAAUGUAAAAAUUGUUUUAAGCAGAAAGAAGGAAAACCCCAAACUGGAAAUACCAGCUGGCAUACGUUCUGCCAUUUUGCAGCUGCUAAAUGCUAACUGUUACAAAAAGGACGCGAGAGCAUAGGAAUGUACAGUUCGAUUUCAGGUUUUUUUGUAGUCUGUUAUGUACAGAAAGAUAGCUGCUGGUUUUGGGUUGUUUUUUUUCUUUAUAGCUAGCAGCUAGGUAUAGGAAUGCAAAUGACUAACAGUAGCUUGCUCUUAGGACUUCAUUGCUCCAUUUGAAACAUUCAGAACGUGCUUUUGACUUAGUUUUAUUUCUAAUGAAUGUUAAAUGUUUGAACAGCUGUUAAAGCACUGCUGUAAAUUAUUACUUUUUGAGUAAAUAUUUGCAACAAAAUUUUGUCUUUGUGAAUAAUUUUAUUGCUCAGCUUGUAACUUUGGGCAUAGUCUUCCCACCUUUUUAAAAAAAGAUUUAUUAGCAGAUUCCAGAAAUUAUUUCAUUUCAAAAUUCUGAAUUUGACACGUAAGUGAUUUUUUGAAAUAAGCAAGUGCCUAUGCAUAAGCGUAUUUUUGUAGCUGUAUAUUGUGGUUAGAUGCGCCAACUUUUCCAGAUUAUAUAAAGAUAUUUUUCUGGGCCAUCAACAUGCUACUGAAGUCUGCUCUGUCCUUUUAGGUUAACUAGGCUUAGCUGCUAAAUGGGUCUAAUUAGCAACAGUAUUAAAAUUUAGAGACCAUUCAGCUCAUUGUUGGAACUUCUAAAUAAACCACAUCUCAAAAAUGGCUUCAAACUCUUAAAAAGCUAUAUGAAUCAGAUGUUAAAGUGCUUCUUAAUUUUCAUCCAUGCAGGUGUAGAAGCCUUUUAGAAAGAAAAGUGUAAUGGCUUACAUAGUCACAGCUCUCCAAGAUCUGCUGCUUUAAGAACUCCGAAUAAGAAACAAGUGAAAAAGCUGAGAACAAUAAGUUGCAGUAUUCUUCUGAUCUUUAAAAGUUGUAGUGAAUUUUUUAAUUUGAGGUAGUAUGAACAGGUCUAGUGUCUUCAUGCUUGUAGGCAUGAGUGAUUAUAAAACACAGCAUUCCAAAAAGGGUAUUGCAGAGUUCUAAACCAGCUGUAGAACUUGGUGCAUAUGUUACUGAAGGAGUUCCUGUGUUUAUAUAAACCAAGAGAAACCUGUACUAUUUUUAAUAUGAAUAUUAAUUUUUACAUGCCAGUUAAUUAUUUUGAAUAACAAUCUGAUAUGUGGUGUUGGAAACAUUAACUUCAGGUGGAGCCAGUUGUAUGGUACUUGCUCGUAAUGUCCUCACAUUUGUCUUUUAUUAUGCAAUUAAAUUUUUAAAAUGUUUACCAUUUUAAUAAUACAAAUGUGGAUGAAAAAUGUAUAGUUUGAAAGCUACUGUUGAGAAAGUUUGGAAAAUCAAAAAUUUAAAAACCUGAGUAUUUGACAAAAAUAUAUAUGUAUUCUCAGAUAUUUAAUAUGUAAACCCUUAUUUAUUUCAAUCCAUGUAGAGAAUCCGUAUCUCUUAAAACAGUAAUGUUAGGCCAUAAACUCACAAUGAAAUAUCACACACACAUGAAAUACCAGCGCUUCCAAAGGAAGAGGUGAGAGAGAACUAGGUUGUUCUAGCAAGACCAUGGGAUAACUUUAAAUAGGCCAAUAAAAUGUAUCAUGAAAGCAGUGGCAUGUUAUUUUGUGAAGGAGAAAAUCUAAGAAUCCAUUGCAGUUUUCGUAUCUGAAGUAAUUUGUUUGCUGUUUGAACGCUGCAAGAGGUUGCAUAAUGAUGAAAAUUACUCCGUUCUGUAUUCAGUGGGUUUCCUAGAGCUAAGUUAAAUUGGUGCUUUUGACUGAUGUCACUCCAGAAGAUCAAUUAACACUGACUGCAUUCUGAGCUAUUUGAAUGUAAUUGGUGCACAUAAUUCAAUUUUUUGUUUUCUGAGUGAUGUAAAAGGGUUUUUUUGUUUUGUUUUUUUUUUCCCAUCCAGCCGUUGGUAGUUAUUCUGUGCCACCAUUCUCUUUGAAUUUAGAAAGACGUUUUAUCUGAAGUUUGCCUUACCAAAAAAAGUAACUUAAGGUUAGUUCUUGGUAUCCGUACUAGAAUCACUGUUUCCCUUCUGAAGACAUUUACAAUAUGUGCUUGAAUAACAACUUCACCUUUGUUUAUAUAACUUUGUAUUUUUAAGGAAGUCACAUGCCACACGUGUUCUUUAUUUGCAUUUAAUGGAAAGCUGUUGUAAUUAAUAGAAUAUGCUCAGUGAUGAUACAGUCACUUGGCACUUCCCAAGUAUGGCAAAUGCCUCAGUUUGUCUUGUGCAGUUUGUGAAAGAAACUUUGGCUUACCUAGGAUUCAGUUCUUUCAUAGAAUGCAUGAAUAAACCCAGGAAAAUAAUCAGAUUGAAUCAUAGUUCAUAGUGAGUUCCAAGAAUAGGCUGAUGUAUUUCAAAUUGCCAUUUUAAGCAAAACCUAGCAGAACCAAAACAUCAAGAACAUUUUUAUAACUAAGGUACUUAUUGGAAAUGGAGAGAGAAGAACCCUGGGCAAUAGGUGUUAAGUCACGUUCUCUGGUGCUUUAGUGACAGAAGGCAUUAGAAACUGAAGGGCUGAGUUAAGAAUCCCGAGUAACACUUUUUAUUCUGCAAAACCUUACAUAAAAAACAAAAACCAACCAAAAAAAAACUCAAAGCUUUUCUGCAAGUGUAAGCAUUGUUAUUUAUAUGCUAGCAUGUAGAAGGCAAUGAAUUAUUUUUUUAAUGCUCUAAGGUAUACUAAUAUUCCACCAAAGACUGUGGCCGUACGCUGUCACAGUAAAGUUUUGUAAGAGACUGUUCAGAAAUUUGUGUAGAACAGAUUUUAUACCUGAUUGUUCUCUUCUUGUUCUCAUUAGUGUUUUAUUUUUGAGGCUUGUGAGCUGAGCUUAUUUUGUGUAGUUGCAACCUGCAUUUUUGAUGUAUGCUUAAUAUAAUAUGCCUCUAAUAAAAAAUUUGGUAAGUAUGUUUUAUGAUUACUCGAAUGAUUUUUGCUUUUAAUAAAACUUUUGCUCUAAUUUUAAUGUAGCUCAAAGGAACAGUGAUGAUGAAGCCCAGCACUUUAUCUCCUUUGAGCAUUAAGUAUCUAAGUAUAAUUUUGACUACGUAUUAUUUCUGUUAGUUCACUGCUUUAUAAAAAUGAAAAUAUGUUGACUGGUAUUUCAUAUUAGUUUACAGAGGUUGCGCAGAGUUUCGUGCUGUGUUCUUUUAGGUUUUGGAUCACUGUUCUAGCUUUAAAACACUUGACUGAAAUUUUGUAUUUAGUCAUUUUAUUGAUCCAAGCUAAGCAUGUGAAAUUGUUGUUUUCUUCUGUACUGCACCAGAUACAUAUUAAUAAAAAAGAAAAAGGAGCAGGGGGAGAAGAAAAUGUGGAAAAUACUUAGCUGUGAAACACUUCUUUUUGAGGGAGAUUAAUGUAGUUGUUAUGCCCGCAAGGCAUUAUAAAGUGUGUUUAUGGAUGUAAAAAUGAGCUGGUUUUGUUGAAGUUUAUUUACUGUUUGAACCAUUAUUUCAGAGAGGCUGAGGUUUUUAUGACAACCACAAGAAUAACUGUGAUGUUGAUCUGUGUAUCUGCAUUUAAAGUGGGGGAUUUUUUUUUUUAGAAUGACCAUUGCUGACCAUUGCUUGUGUUAUGAAGUUAAUGUAAAUAAACCUAGGGUUUUUUAAUUUUAGUUCACUAAAUUCUCAAUAUUAAGCAUUUAAUUUAAAAGAGCUGUUUUAUUUGGAACAAAAGCUUUGGUGAAUGGGAUAGCAUACACUGGUAUCUUUAUAAAGGAGAUUGUCUUGUCAUACUGAUGAUGCAGCAGCCUU